GGGCGACGGGGAACCCUAUGGGGUACAAAAGGGCAGGGACCGAAGCCCGGAAAUGGGAGUGAAAGAAGGCGCGAAGACGACCUUGGGCGUGGCGGUCUCCGCUGCUAAAGGGUCGCCGCCUAGUCCUCGGAGCCCGCAAGCCCCGCCCCCGCCCAGCAGGCUCCGCCCCCGCCCAGCAGGCUCCGCCCCGAGAUCUAAGUCUCAGGGCACCCUCCUCCUACCUCUCUGCAAGCCCCGCCGGCCGCGCCUUCGGAUCGAGUUCUGUCUGCGCUUCGUGGACGCGCCCUCCGCCCGCCGACCGACAGAACUGCCUGUACCCGCUUGUUCUCCUUGCGACCCGGACACAUAGUAUGACCAUUAGGUAUUUCGUCUACCAACCACUUUCUAUGGAAAACCAAAGGGAUCAGGCCAUGAUAGCCACUGGCAGCUUUGAAGAACGGGACAUCUUUAGAGAAGCUUGACCUUGAAGGCCUCAGCGUGGGACCCAACAAAGCCGCCUCCGGCAGAGUUCCUCUGUCUCGUCUUGUUGCUGACAGAAGGUGCCUCUUCUCCAGUUUUUGUUCAUCUCCUGGGAGGUUGCAGGAAUCAUCAUUAUGGUUGGGUUCAAGGCCACAGAUGUGCCCCCUACAGCCACUGUGAAGUUCCUGGGGGCAGGCACAGCUGCCUGCAUUGCUGACCUCAUCACCUUUCCCCUGGAUACUGCUAAAGUCCGGCUACAGAUCCAAGGAGAAAGGCAGGGGCCAAUGCAGGCUGCGGCCAGUGCCCAGUACCGCGGGGUGCUGGGCACCAUCCUGACCAUGGUGCGCACGGAGGGCCCCCGCAGCCUCUACAGCGGGCUGGUCGCCGGCCUGCAGCGCCAGAUGAGCUUCGCCUCCGUCCGCAUCGGCCUCUACGACUCCGUCAAGCAGUUCUACACCAAGGGCUCUGAGCAUGCCGGCAUCGGGAGCCGCCUUCUGGCAGGCAGCACCACCGGUGCUUUGGCCGUGGCCGUGGCCCAGCCAACGGAUGUGGUGAAGGUCCGGUUCCAAGCGCAGGCCCGGGCUGGAGCUGGCCGGAGGUACCAGAGCACUGUUGAGGCCUACAAAACCAUUGCCCGAGAGGAGGGGUUUCGGGGACUCUGGAAAGGGACAUCUCCCAAUGUCGCUCGCAAUGCCAUUGUCAACUGUGCUGAGCUGGUGACCUACGACCUCAUCAAGGACACUCUCCUGAAGGCCCACCUAAUGACAGACGACCUUCCUUGCCACUUUACUUCUGCCUUCGGGGCGGGCUUCUGCACCACCGUCAUCGCCUCCCCUGUCGACGUGGUCAAGACGAGAUACAUGAACUCUGCCCUGGGCCAGUACAGCAGCGCUGGCCACUGCGCCCUCACUAUGCUCCAGAAGGAGGGGCCCCGAGCCUUCUACAAAGGGUUCAUGCCCUCCUUUCUCCGUUUGGGAUCCUGGAACGUGGUGAUGUUCGUCACCUACGAGCAGCUGAAACGGGCCCUCAUGGCUGCCCGUGCUUCCCGGGAGGCUCCCUUCUGAGCAGGUGCUGACCUGAUCAGCAUUGGCUCCGGCUGCAGCCUGGCCCUGCUUCCUUUUUCUUCCUCCCCUUCUCCCCUUCCCUCUAUCCAUCCCUCUCUUCUGCUCCCUUCCCCCUCCCCACGUUCUCACCCCUCAGCUCCCCUGUAGCCUCUCACAGUCCAGGUGGAGUUGACCCCAGCUGACACUGUGGAAAGCCUGGCACCAGCCAGGAUCUCAAGCCCCCAGUCCCCUAGAAAGCCCUCAGCCUGACUCUUCAUCCUGCUUCCUGCCCCCAAGCCCAACUAGCACGUCACCCAUAAAACAAGCUCAACCUUG